AUGGGCCAAAACCCCGCAAAACCCCAAACCGUUGUAGUUUGGUUGGGCGCGAAACAAAGGUAUUUGAGGAGAUAUGCUGAGUGGUAUACUUCGAGAGGUUUCCAUGUGAUCACAUUUACGUUCCCGACGGCUGAUGUUGUUAGUUAUAAGGAGGGGGAAGCGGAGGAGAGCGUCGGAUUGCUUGCGAGUCAUUUGGCAGGUUGGGUUGCGGAAGAGAGUGGGAAUAAGCUUGUUUUCCAUACUUUCAGCAACACCAGGUGGCUGACGUAUGGAGUUUUGCUUGAGAAGUUUAAGGCUGAAGAUGCUUCUGUGAUGGGAAAGAUCAAGGGGUGCAUUGUAGAUUCUGCUCCUGUUGCUUCCCCUGGUCCACAGGUCUGGGCUUCAGGGUUCUCUGCUGCAUUUUUGAAAAAGCAGAGUGUGGCAACGAAAGGAAUGCUGAGCUCCAAUAAUUCGGGGAUGAGCGCAUUGGUUGAAAGUAAAUCAAGCGGAGAGCCGAAACCGGCAGUUGCAGAAAUUGCAUUGUUGGCAGUUCUGGAGAAGUUCUUUGAGGUGGUUCUUAACCUUCCUUCCAUCAAUAGGAGGCUUCAUGAUGUAUUCACUCUAUUAUCGUCAGAGCAACCAAACUGUCCACAGCUAUAUAUUUACAGCUCUGCUGAUAGAGUUAUACCAGCAAAAUCGGUGGAAUCUUUCAUAGAAAAACAAAGGAGAGCCGGGCAUGAGGUUAGGUCUUGUGACUUUUUAAAUUCACCUCAUGUCGAUCAUUUCAGAAACUAUCCAGACAUUUAUACUUCUCAGAUAUCUGAAUUCUUGGAGGAUUAUGUGCUAACCUGUCACAAAGACUCGUAGAAUAUUUUCCUUAGAUGUAUGUAAUUAGUUUUUUCUUUUUCUUUUUCUCUCCAAUUUUUUCCCCUGGUUGUAAUUUUUCCAGGCAUUACUAUUGUUCAAACUGGUGAGAUAUUGUAAAGAUUGCAUACAUAAAGAAAAAUAGAGAAUUAUACAAAAUUUUCAUUCAUCUUCUUUCUA